AUGGCUCAUGACGUGGGAGUUCCAAGAAGCGGUGGCAAUGGUUUCAGAAUGCGAACGCUAACCUUCUUGUGCCUUCUCUCAUCAUGCUACUGUUGGGAACUUGGGUGGGAACAGUCAACUGGUGUAAAAGGAAAACUUCUUUGUAACCGUAAACCGGUCAAUGAUGCGAGAAUAUGGAUUUUUGAGAGAGAACCUUUGAACACAGUCCGACUCAUAAAUAAACAACCCGCCAAACCGGGUAAAUUUGGAAAAUUCAAAAUUGAAGGCACUGCUACAGAGAUAACCGAAAUCGAUCCAUACAUCAUGGUCAUACAUUGGUGCACUUGGAAUAAGGAACGAACUAAAUUCUGCAUAGACAUCCCAUCAAAGUAUAUAAACACAGGCCGUAAAACAGCAGUCAAGUCAAAGAACAAGCAACAAGCGCUGGCCAAAAAGUGCAGCAGAUGCCAGAAAGCGCCUUACAACACUCCUUACAAACAUGCUACUGCGCUUCCCAAAUUACAAGUUGAACAAGUUUUUACAAAAGAUAUAACACCGUCGAUGCUCAGAUCGCGAAAGACUGCUCGGGGACGUGGUAACGAAGAACCUGUUCUGGCACCUGGUGCAGAAAUUAGCGAAAAUUUGGGAAGAUUUGCCGAGCGUCUUACCGAUAUCUCCGGUGAUGGUGCUGCUGGAGCAGAACAAACGGUAUUUGGAAAAUUGGGAGAGGAAGCUCCGCAGCCUGCAAAGUUAGUACAAUCUGGAUUUUCAUUGGAUUUCGAUCCCUGUUUGAGAUAUAUAAACUUUCACAUCGUUUCGCCAUUUCACAAAAUCGCGCAACUUGGCAAACGGAAGAGUUCCCACUGGUGUUAA